CGUAUUCGCUUCACACCACACGGCGGCACUCGCCGCUCGGGCGCAAUGUUCGGGUCAGUACUGUGGCUCCACCACUGCAUUUGAUAGCGUCGCCUCCUUCCUACCACCGCCUCUCUACAGCCAUCCCCGUAAUCCUGUGCUUUCUUUGCUUUGAACUUGACAUGUUCUCAGUGCUCCCUCACCUUCCCCCGAUACAGUCACGACGCCUCGGGACCGGCAUCUACUUCUCUCGAUCACCAGCCUCGGUUGUCCUCGGUGCUCUGUAUAGACGCGUCCUCUUACAUAACUCUAACGCGUUCCACAGGUGGCGCCCGUCAGGGAUGCCGCCACGGAAGGCGAUACCCACUGGCGAGCUCUCGGCUCGCUCGACUCGAGGCAGUCGUUGCCAUUUGGAGCAAGACGGCGGCGUUUCGUCGUCCUCGAGGCAGGCUCGCGUACAUGCUCUCUGCCAAUGGGCUGCAGCGAUUCUCGUCGUACUCUGUCUUCGUAUGCCUCCGGUACGCUCUGGACCGCGUCUCAGCCUGUUAGGCUUCUGCAUUAUGAGCGGUACCAUUGCUUCGGUGAUUCAAUGUUCAAUCGUGUUAAUGCAAUCGCGUACCCGCAAUUCUCACCCACAGAUGCAUCCUCUCGGAACCUGCGAGGUUGUGAGAGAACAACUUGGACGCUCGCCCACGGACAGCAUCGUGCUCGAUGGUAUUGUCCAAAGAACAGGCAGGCUAGACAAACAUAACCCUCCUUCAACCUGGAAAAUCGUAAUGACGUCUUAAGCCGCACGAAGACGAAGAACAGGCUAGCUAGUAGCGAGCAUGGGCAUCAGCAUAUAUCGGGACCUGCUGUCGGCCAACAUCUUUGAACGCGCAAGAAGAACGCGAUAUAUCUGCCCAACCAGUAGGCCUGGGAUCUCGCGGUGUAGUUUUUUUAACUUGAUUUCUGCUCUGAUUUCCGAUCAAGGGCCGGGAAUCGAAGUCUAGACUGGUGUUCGACUCGUCAAAACACUUCUACUCUGUGACAAGGAAGGGAAGGAGAUAACGGGCACACAGAAAACGCUAUACG